AAGUGGGAACGGUGGAGGUUAAAGGUCGGGCGGGAGUUCUCUAAGCUUCCGGCCGCCGGCUUGGAAACGAAUUAUGGCUAAGCAUCAUCCCGAUUUGAUUUUUUGCCGCAAGCAGGCUGGUGUUGCUAUCGGAAGACUGUGUGAAAAAUGUGAUGGCAAAUGUGUGAUCUGCGACUCGUAUGUGCGUCCCUGCACCCUGGUUCGAAUAUGUGAUGAGUGCAACUACGGAUCUUACCAAGGCCGGUGUGUGAUCUGUGGAGGUCCCGGAGUCUCCGAUGCCUACUAUUGUAAAGAGUGCACCAUUCAGGAGAAGGAUAGAGACGGUUGCCCAAAGAUUGUCAAUUUGGGGAGCUCUAAGACAGACCUGUUCUAUGAACGCAAAAAAUACGGCUUCAAGAAGAGGUGAUGGGUGGGUGGCUCCUUCCUCCCCCAUCAAGUUGCUGCAGCUGCCAGAAUAGACGCCUACUACCACCAGCAGAAAGCAUCCGCAGAAAGGGACAGAGCUGAGUGUCACCAGAGCGGCCUGCUAGUGCUAGUGUCCUGCCCCCUGCCACUAGCGAGUACCCAUAGAGCACUCUAGCAGACUGGAGGAGAUGUUGCUCAUUCAGUUCCUAGUCCCUUUUUGUUUUUAGUUGGAAAAGCAAGGCUCUGUUCUCCACAUUGAUCCUUUCAACUCAAAAACUUCAAAACAAGUCGGUGUGUGUCCUUGAUGAUGAAGCUGUCACAGCAGAAGUGUGGUCUUGCAGCAGCUAUGAUGGGGUUGUCCUGUGACACUCAGUGUGGUCAGGUGUGACAAGAACAAGACUUGACAAUUUGUAGGUGAUGCUGGGUUCAUGUUAUUUUCCUUGUAAAUUGGAAGUUUCAGUUAAGCUAAUAAAGUUGGCUGCCUUUCCUAUUAA